CUUCAAUCUUUCAUCUUUUUUUAUUCUUAUUUCUUGGUCCCAAUAGAACAAUUAUCUGCGCGCAGAAUGGAUAAGCAGCUCGACGUAUGCUUUGAUCGUGUCGAGAAGGCAUUGGGCACGCUGGUCGACUCGAUUGCCAAGUAUCAUCCCUCCGUCGCCCAAGUUAACGAACUAGGACUCGCCGACGUUGAGCUCAACAAGGGCCUCGAAGACUUACAAACCCACCAAUCUAACUAUCGACGGAUUCAGGAUCUACGAGCAGCAACAACUAGCUUCGAUACUCAGAUCAAGGACACAUUGCGCCUACUAGCCAACACGCGGAAGGAACUUGUGAACGCUCCUGCCACCGUCUUCCCAUCUGACCGCCCUAGCUACGAUAUCGACUAUGACGAACUACUCGCCUACGCUAGCCGGAUUAGCAAAACUACUAUCCCUCCCGCUGGUGCAGCGAACAGCCUUCCAACUGAACCCAAAGCCGAGAAUAGUGGAGGGCCAGGGACGGAGACGGCUGUCACAACACCGGCGGGAGGGACACCCAACGGUGCCCCAGCUGGCCCCGUGAUGACACCUGCGAACACAAAUGGAGCGCAACAACAAGACCCCACGUCGCAGUCCCAGCAGCUCACUACUACAGGCAGCGGCGAUGCGAUGGCCGCACAAGAGGAACUGCCAUGGAAGCUAAACCCAUUCAGCGACGUCGAGUUCGUGCCCUGGCCAAGCGAGGAGUCCGUGCGUAAAGGAGCGCUAGUUACCCUAGCCUUCCUCUCGGAGAAAGGCAUCGACCCGGAGAACUACGACCCUGAGGAAGAAAAAGCGCGUAAGGAGCGCGAAAAGGAAGAGCAGCAGGCAGCAGAAGAAAGAGAGAGGCAAGAGCGUGAGGAGAGGGAGCGCAGGGCCAGAGAGGAGCAGGCGCGACUGCGGGCCGAACGCGAGAAAGAGCAGAGGGAGGCGUGGCGGCGGGCGAGUGUUACUGGAGGUGCGGGGCCGAGUCAAUCGUCGCCGGUGGGAGAGAAGAAACAGUUCCAGUUUAUGGCUGAUGAUGAUGAAGAUGACGACGAGUGAAGUAUUUGCUAGUAAGUCGGCAGGAAUGCGUAUUGCUAUGGGGUAUACGAAGCAUUACCUAGGUAGGGGUCUUAUGGUGCUUAGCAUGGUACGCAUACGGCUCAUAUGCCUUGAUUGAAUAGUCAGAACUAUCCUUAAGCACCAUAAUCCGCAUCAUAACCAUAUCCUAUUAAGGGAACUCCAUGGUUAGUCACCCUGGGCAAUAUAAUAGUCAUAAUUACCACCUAAGGAAUAAUAGGUGAUUUAGGACGCUAACUAGGCUCCUUAGGUCUACCAUUAAAAAAUAGUCAUCUAUUUAGUUAUUGCCUUAAUCAAAUCAAGUUUUAUAUAGACAUUAUAAUAUAAUAAAUUGACUCGAA